CCACCCACAAUGCUCUAAAAAUAGUCCUUUGGUCGAUUCAAUGGCACUCAGGCGCGUAGAUGAGCGUAAAUACUAAGAUGUUCUGAGAUCUUAUACCAGAAAUGCAUUGUAUAUGGUUCGUUACGGUCGGUUGACGCGCAUAAAGCAUUAUUCGACAUCAUUUUUUUUUUGGUGUUCUCGUGCUGUGAUUAUUGAAAAACUGUGAUAGAAUUUGAAAACCAUUAUACAAAAAAGUGACAUGAAAUUAAACUUACAGUGAAAGUGAAUUAAAAUCUAUAAAAAUAAAAGCACAUAGAUUAAAAACAUAACCUCAAAGAAAAUAAUAAUAAUGCCGAGAAGAAAACGAGCUUCCAGCCCAUUUGAUACAUUCGAUGAUGAUUUUGAUGAGGACGCCAGCUCGCAAAGUUCCAAAAAUGGUAAUCUACCAAUACAACGUAACGCUGCCAAUGCAAGAGAGCGUGCACGCAUGCGUGUUCUCUCCAGCGCUUUUGGGCGACUCAAAACAAAGCUACCAAACAUUCCGCCUGACACAAAAUUAUCCAAAUUGGACACACUGCGUUUAGCGACGAUGUAUAUUAAACAGUUAAAAGUGCUUGUAGAAGGUGGCACAGCGACGGCAGAGAGUCCAGAGGCCUUUCAAGAGACGGCGGGGAUUUUCAAUAUGCAGGGUGUGCCACAGAGCAUGACUUGGCCCUUCGGCUUCCAUCACAUGCAAAACAAUAGCAACAGCAGCGGUCGUCUGCAAACACUCCAAUAUUCGCCCACCGAAUGGAGUAAUUCGCGCAACGCAUUUUCCAAAUAUGGACGCAUGAGCACCACGAGUAACGGCAAUUGCAGCAACAACAGCGCGAGCUAUCAGCAAGAAACAGCCAAUAUGCUGCACUCACACCACUGGUACAGCGCGGACGAGCCCAUGGUGGAGGACAUCAAUGUAAACAACAACAAUUGUGUCUUUUUCGAACAGCAACCGGAACAUCAUGUAAAACAUAAUCACGACAUAACACAAAUGCAUCAUCAACUUUAUCACACGAACCACUCAAAUGCGCAGAGUUCAAUACGCUAAUCACAUACACAUACAUACAUACAUAAAUAUAAAUAUAUUUACAAUUAUAGUUGUAUAGAUACCUAAGAUUUUAUGCACAGAUUUAUGUUUUGCAAAUAAAAUUAAUUAUUUAAAUAUAUUUAAGGAAAUAAGUAUUAACACAAGCGUGUACGUAGAGCUAAUAGCUUAUUAUAUAAUAAAGAGGAAUUUUAUGGCCGUAUUAUAAAUAA